CUGAGCGUUGACGUGUUGUUCUGAUUCUGAAAUGCUGCCAGAUGUAAUGGCACACAGCAGCUACAGUAUGUUCAACAUUCACACUUUGAGGAAAUAAUUGGCUGUGAAAUCAGGAAAAGACAGGCUAGGAAUAUUUUUAAGGCUUUUUUUUUUUUUUACUACUUAAUGCAUAAUACUAAUAUUUUGGUGAAUGUCGUGUCCAAAAAAUUAAGUCCCUUCUCAGGAUAUAAAACAAACAAGAUAGAAACAAAAUCAAGAGUACUGACUAAUUACUGUCUUUCAGAGAACAUCUUAGUUUUUCCCUCCAUUUUUUUUCAUUUUUUCUUCCUUCCUCCCUCCUUCCAGGCUUUUUUCCUGUGGGUAUGAUGGGAGAUGCAGCUGGAUAUUACACCCCCCUCUACGCUCCCAUUCAGAUACAGAAACGCGGUCUUCCUCUCCUCUCUCUCUCUCUCUUUCUCUCCCCCCCUUCAUGUCUGUCUAACUCUGCGGAGAGGUAAACAGAAGGGGAGAUCUCAUUUAGUUCCUGAACUGUUGCAGCGCUCCGUGCUGCUGCUCACUCUUUUGAAUCUUGGUCAUUCAGAGGCACCAAAGAGACAAAAAAAAAAAUCUUGGACUGGACUCGCAACUCGGAAGCAUUUACAGAAGGAGAGAAGGCAAGAAUUAAAAAGAGCGACAGGGAUCAGAGGAGUGCAACGUUUUGCACACAAUGAGCGUCCAGCUGCCAUGGAGAAAACAUGAGCAACUGCAGGAAUAUGAGGAGUAAUGCUGCUGAGUGAACUUUUGUGGAUAUCACUGAAUUCAUUCCCUUAAACUUUGGGGGGGGGGGAGUUUACUGUAAAGACAGAAAAGGUGGGACACUGGAGACGGAAACUCUCUGAGAAGCAUGGCGGCCACCAGCCCUUCCUCCUGCCACCCUUUUCUCUUCUUCUUCCUUUCCUUCCUGGUCAGCCAGCCAGCGGUCACCCAGGACACUUCCUUCUCCACGGCGACAGUAACCGAGGGGGACCCUGCUUUGACCCCCACCAAACUGUCUAACCAGACAGCGCCCAGCUUGGAGGACGUAACCCAGGGCACUCCUCCGGAGACGGGGCUCUCCACCACCACCAGCGGUGGCGACGCCGACGACGAGGACGUCCCGCCGGUUGGAGGGACCCGUUGCCAGGGUUACUACGACGUAAUGGGCCAGUGGGACCCACCGUUUAACUGCAACGCUGGGGUCUUCCUGUACUGCUGCGGCACCUGCUUUUACCGCUUCUGCUGCCAGUUCCGUCAGCAGAGGCUGGACCAGACCAUCUGCUCCAACUACGACACGCCCAUCUGGGCCAACACCGGGAAGCCUGUGGCCACCAUCACUGAAGGCCAGGGGGAUUCAGACCGCGACCGGACGCACCUCAUCGUUUACAUCAUUUGCGGCGUUGUUGCUGUCAUGGUGUUGGUGGGCAUCUUCACCAAACUGGCUCUGGAGAAGACCCGAGGAGGAAGUGGAGGAGGGGCGGGGAUACCUCAGACUGACCUCAACUCCAGGACGCUGACGGACCUGCUGAAGCAUCAGGGCAGCGAGGCGAGCUCAAUGGAGAACGCCGCGGCUGGAUCGCCCAGCGGAGGGAGAGCCAACGGCGUCUCAGCCAGGAUGCCACGCAGCAGGAGUGAACAGUACCAGCUGAAUAAUGCAGCCUAUGGCGCAUUUGGACAGGGCCUUCCGCAGCCGCAUAAUAACCACAGCACACUGGGACUCAACAAGUACGCCUCCCUCAAAGCUGUGGCAGAAACCGCUUCCCGUAGCUACUAUAAGAGCUUUCCUGUCAUGGACUUCUCCAGUUACCAACCCGUAGCGCCUCCUGCCUUCCAGCCCUCGCAGCCCAAGGAGAAGUCCUACAUCCACCAGCCUCUGCCUGGGCACCGCGACCUCCACACCCCUCUGUCCAUCUCCAUCCCGUCCAACCACCUGGAGCACUCGCGCCUCCCCAAGACCACCACGCACCCGUUCAUCUCCAACUCGGCCUUCAAAGCCUGGGAACCGGCCGGCCGCCACAUCCACAGGAAGACCUCCGCUCCGGCGCACACUUCCUCCUCUCUGCACGGCUCCACCCGGAGACACGGCUACUCAACGCGGCGGCAGCAGAGCAUAGAGAACCUGCAAGAAGUGGCUAACCAGUCCUACGCAGGUAUGUACGGAGGAGGAGGGGGAGGCGGAGGAGGAGGGCAGGGUCGCCACGGCCACGGCCAGCACACUUCUCAACCCUCAUACUACAACCACACCAGGCCGAAGAGCUACUCCACCCACAGCGCCACCGAGGUGACUGUCUGAGUGUUUCAGUGAGAGUGACCUACCGCAAUGCUAAACUCAAGAAAAACUUUGGAGCCAGCCAGGUACUGCACUUCCUUACAGUCCAACAUGACCGGGGGUUAAGCAAGGACACGCCUUCCAAUGUACACGAUAAAAGCAAGAGCUCAGAUUUUCAAUGUGUGGAAAAAAACCAGGAGACAGACUCAUUGCUACUCAUGAAGGACUCACUCUAGAAGAUGGGUUAAAAACACACUCAGGCUCCUCUCUGCUCCAUGGGGCUUGUAGAUGUUUAACCGCUGCAGUUUUACUGUAUCACAGGAUUACGGUUGAUCAAGCCCUGUAGAGAUCCGGUCUGGAGGAAACUAAUGUUUCUCUGUUUAUAUUUUAGAACUCGGAGCUUGGUUUUGUCCACAAACAUGGUUUUAUUUUUAAUGCUUUGGUUUUAAUAUGGAUGUCGGAGGAGCAAAUUCCAAACUUCUGUUAGCCUAGUAAAGGUUCUGGUAACUAGCCCGGAUAUGAGACCAAAAACCAAUUAGUCACACUGUAAUUAGUUCCUUUAAUCCAAAAAAAAGAGCCACAUUUUAGGGAACUUAUAUCAUGGUUUCUUGCCUGGAGUAAAGAUAGUGAAUCAGUAACACUGCUAUGCUAUAUGGCAGAGUUGGGAGUAGACGGAGUUCGCUAACUCCAGCGGCGUUAGCUGCCUGGCUAACCAGCUAAUCAUAUUAAGUCCGGGGUUAAACAAUGAGUGCUCAUUUUACCAGAGUCUGGUACGGCCCAGAACUUUGACACAAAAAACACAGAAACACUCAGUAUAUUUUCAUAACAGAAGAGGAAAAGGCUCAUUUUAGCAUUUUUCAUUGUUUUUUAAUCAAAUGUGCUAAUUACAGCAACAUAAACCAUGAUACAGAAAUAUGUAUCUCAUCCAAUGGGAGAAGCAUAUAAAAUAAAAAAAUUGGCUUACUAUAACUGCUUUUUGUUCCUGUAUUUAUAAUAAUGCAAUCAGGUUUGUCAAGCAAAUUAUUUGAAAAGCUAGCAUACAAGCUAAUAUUACCACUAGUCUUUUUGCUAACUU